CUUCCCUGGGUUUUUACUGCCAGAUUAUCAUGCUGUGCUCUGCUGUCAGAGUAGGCCUGUGUGCAGCUCACUGCAGAUUUCUUACCGGGCUCAAAACCUUACACUUUAAACAACUCCACAACAUGUCUCACUUUAAACUCCCCGUGACUCUGCUGGGCUCCAUGGCGUUUGGAGGACGCGCGGACGCGUACCUGAGCGCGCAAAUGGUGCAGGUAUUCACUGAGCGCGGGCACAAUGAGCUGGACACUGCAUACAUGUACAAUGAUGGACUGUCAGAGACCAUCAUAGGUGGUCUGGUGCUUCCUAAAACAGUUAGAAUUGCCACUAAAGCAAACCCCUGGGAUGGCAAGACACUCAAACCUGAAAGUGUUCGUCAUCAGCUGGAAACUUCUUUGAAGAGACUGCAGACUCAGUGUGUGGAUCUCUUUUACCUGCACGCGCCAGACCACCAAAACCCCAUUCAAGACACAUUACAGGCCUGCAAUGAACUCUAUAAAGAGGGCAAAUUCAUGGAACUGGGCUUAUCAAACUAUGCAUCAUGGGAAGUGGCCGAAAUCUACUGUAUCUGCAAACACAAUAACUGGGUGCUUCCUACUGUAUAUCAAGGCAUGUACAACGCAACCACACGACAAGUGGAGACUGAGCUGUUGCCAUGUUUAAGAUACUAUGGCAUGCGUUUCUUUGCGUACAAUCCCCUGGCAGGUGGGCUUCUCACUGGGAAGUAUCACUAUGAAGAUAAAGAUGGAGAUCAGCCCGCGGGUCGAUUCUUUGGCAAUAACUGGGCAGGUGCUUACAGGGACAGGUACUGGAAGGAGAGUCAUUUUCAGGCCAUAGAUGUUGUUGGGAAAGCUCUUGAAGCAGCAUAUGGCUCAGAGAAACCGACACUGACAUCAGCUGCUAUACGCUGGAUGUACCAUCACUCUCAACUCAAGGGAGAUCUGGGUGAUGGCGUCAUUAUCGGGAUGUCCACCAUGGAUCAGUUGAAUGAAAACCUGGCGGCAGCUGCAGAAGGUCCACUUAAACAGGAAGCUGUGGACGCUUUCAAACAGGCCUGGGAUUUAGUGGCUCACGAAUGUCCAAACUACUUCCGUUAGACACUACCAUAACACCAAGAG